UCGACGCAAAUCAAUUCGAUAUGUGAUUUUAUAGAUUAUAUCAUAACUCACAAUACACUUUACCCAAAAAAUAACGUGUAACAAUUUUUGUUUAUAUAUUUUAAAUUGAACGAACGUGAUGUUUCGCAAAGUGUUAGGACAGCGAUGACGAAAACUACAAUCUGCUGUGCCAAGCCCACGAACAAUUCAACAAAUCGAACCCAUUUCCCGCCCAACAGUCGCGAGUACGACCGCUGCAUGGAGCUGUUACAGCAGCUGGAAACGAAAGGCGAGAGCAGCGGUCUAAUACUGCGCCACAAUCGGGCUGUGGUGAAUUACUAUAAAAGCGGCUGCUUGCAACACCAGACGUUGCUCCAGGAAUUGGAGAAGCUGGCUAGUGCCAAGUCGGUACCUGUCGAGCCGACUGUGUCACUCGCAAUGAAGAAUGCCGGCAGCGCCUUUACCGUGGCACGCUACAACAAGGCGGUCAUAUAUUACCAUCGUCAUAUGUACGGCACGGCGCUAGAGAGGCUAGCGCCGCUGGUAGCUAGGCUGGAGGCGCUGGAAAAGCAAAUGGCAGCGCUCGUUGCCACGUUGCAACUGCAGCUGCUGUUGGCCACCAAUCAGCUAAAUCGCGCUGAGGCGUUUCUCGAUUUUUUGCAGUAUAAAUUGAAUCUAGUGGCCAGUGCACCCAGCGCACCCAGCGCAAAUCCCAGUAGCAACGCAGAAGAGCCAACAGCAACAGCAGCUGUCGGUGCUGCUGUUGUUCCAACAGCGUCCACAGUCGGGGCGAGUGCAACGCCUAUUCUGGACAGUAGUGUUACCCGAGCUGCAGGCGAAAGUGGAAGCAUUCUGCAGAUGUUGCAGCUGCUAACGCAUGUGCUUAAUCGCAAACCUGUAGUCAUAACUGAGGAUGGGACACCAGAAGUUGCGGCACUGAAGGCACAGCAGUAUUACAUCAUGAAGGACUUUCAGAUGGCCGCUAAACAGCUGAUGCGCAUUAACGAUGACUGCACUAAGACCGGCACCGUCACGCCACAGCUAAGCACGUGCAUCGCCAACAAUAUGGGUGUUAUCCAUUUACGUGUAAGACAUUAUGCAAUCGCGGCGAAAUUUUUUCAGAAUGCACUGCGCUUCGAUCAGCAGCUAGCAUCGAAUUUACGGCAAAGCUCUCUACAAACGAUGGGCUCGGUGCGAUCCUGUGAGAUAAUGUAUAAUCUGGGCAUCGCGAUGUUGCAUUUGCGCCGACCCAAAGAGGCUUUUCACUGCCUCCUGGUGCCAGUAAAACAGUACCAUAGUAAUCCACGUUUGUGGUUUCGAAUGGCCGAAGCAUGCAUUAUGGAGCAUGAGGCGCAGAAACUACUUGGAAAAGAUCGCCAUACGAUAGACAGUGUCAUGAACUCAGCGGGAUCCAAACCAUAUGGAGCCCCGUCCACUGCGGUGCCGGAGCCAACACUUGAAUUUGCAGCUCUAUGUCUGCGAAGCGCUCUCACCCUAACGCUGCAAUACAAGGCCAGUUUUUAUAGGGCUACCUCGCCUGAUGAAACACUGGAUCAGCAAGAUUCCUCCCAACAGCUAUGGAGUCAAACGCAGGACAAUAACUUUUGCAACCCAUCGAAACCAAUUAGCUUGGAAUCGAUGGCUAAUAUGCUGGAUGCCAUUUAUGCGGCUCAUAGUUUUGUGUCCCUACGUUUGGGUGACCACGUCACCGCACUGGAAAUGGCCAAGCAUCUGCUGCAGAGCGAGCGUCUCUCUGAUGCACACAAAUUGUUGGGCCACAUGUAUGCGGGCGAGGCUUUGAUGAUGAUGGACAAGUCCGGGGAGGCGCGUGACCAUCUGGAGCCAACUUUUGUUAACUCGCUAAAUGCUCUUGAUUUAGAGACACGUGAUUGGCAGCUAAAGUCCCUGGAUGCUGCCCAGAACGUUGUUCGAUACAAUUUGGCUGUUGCUCUCGCUUUGCAGAACGAUUUUCAGGCGGCCAAAAGUCUGCUGGUGACGCUAAACCAUCCGAUUGUGAGCAAAAAGGCGCUGACACUGCAUCGUUACAUAGAGCUCAAAAUAAGCGCCACUGUACUCCAUUAGACAACAAAUGAUGUAAAUAACAUAGACGGAUUCAAUAAACAAAUCAAUGCGGCAUGUAUAUAUACAAAACCA